AUGACAUCAACUUUUCUUAUUUAUCCAUCAGUACCAGCGGGUAAUAAUUGUCAUAUUGAAUUAGCUGGUCUUGAUCUAUGGAGAAUGGCACGUAUUGAUAAUGUAUUUGUUUAUCCAUCUGAAAUAAAUAUCAAUUGUUUCAAUGAAGCACUCAGUCGUACACUUUCUUUAUGGCCAUUGAUUGCUGGUCGUUCUUAUAUAGAUGAGAAUGAACAUUAUUUUAUUGAAAUGUGUGAUAAUCCUAUUCCAGUAACAUUAAUCAAUAAUUAUGAUUUAAUUCAAUGGCCUUUUGAUUCACAUGUAAUAAUAGAUUUUUAUAAAAAUUCUCUUUCAACAUAUAUUGAUGAAGUUCAAGUAACAAAAUUAUUUGAUAAUACACAAAAUGAACCACUUGUACGAAUUAAAUUAACUCAUAUUAUACAAAGUAAUGAAUGGAUAUUAGGUAUAAGUUGGGCACAUGAAUUAGGUGAUGCUUAUUCUUGUUUAAGAUUUUUAAAUACUCUUUCUCGUUUAUAUCAACAAAUGGAACCUAUUGAACCAUUACCUAUAUUUGAACGACGUUUAUGGAAAUCUGAUAAAAUUGAUCCAUCAUUUUUACCUCUAAUGAAACAUUUCCGAGAUGCUAAAACAUUCGAAGAAAUGUGGACAAAAUUUAUGAUUGAUCAAGAAGCAUAUGAUCAAGUUAAUUUAUGUUUUUCUACUGAGCAACUUGUAAAAUUAAGAAUUUUAGCUGGUGAAGAUAAUAUAACAAUUCAUGAUGCACUAAUGGCUUAUAUUAUUCUUACAUUGAAUACAUAUUGUUAUGAUAAAAAUGAUCAACGUCAUAUUCUACGUACAAAUACAUCAAUUAAUUUUCGUGGUGUAUCUAAUUCAAUUGCAUCACAUAGUCAAAUAGGUAAUUCGAUAUUUAUGAUGUUAUCAGAUAAUUUUCAAGAUUCAUAUUCAUUAUCAAAUAUUGCUAAAACAAUUCGUCAAUCAAUAAUUAAAUCACGUGAUCCAAAAUUUCUUGAAUGUUGGUUAGCUACAGCUGAUGAUGCAAUGAGAAAAAUGAUUCAUAAUAAUCGACUUGCUGAUUUAGGAUUUGUUCCAAAUGAAAUUAUAAUUAAUUCAAAUUUAAGAUAUGAUUGGGCAAAUUUAGUUGAUUUUGGUUAUAAAGAUAAAUGUCGAUUUUAUACAGGAUGGUCAGGUGCAUUUUAUUUACGAAUAUUUCAUCUUAAUCCAAUAUAUAAUGGACAUGAAUGGUUACCAAGAGAUAGUAAUGGAGCUGAAGUUAUAUUUCGAAUAGAAAAAAAUUUAAAAGAAAAUUUUCUUAAUGUAAUAAAACGAGAUAUGAAUGAAAAUUUUGAAAAUGUAAAAAAGUAA